AUGCCGGAUGACGAGGGCACGGCAGCACCUCACUCGGUGUCGCUGCAUGUCGAUGGCACGCCCCAGCUGGUCCCGGCGGCAACUCCGGCCGCAACGCCGGCGGGGACGCGCGCGAGCGAUGCGGAGGAAGCCUCCGAGCCCGUUCCGCAAGAGCGCGUUUGGAGCGAGGAGGAGGAGGCGCAAGGUCCGCAAGCGCCAGACGUGAAUGAGGCAUACCGGAGGCUUGCGGAGCUGAUGCGCACAAUGAACCUGACCUCCGAGCAGAUUCAGAGGGUGACGCCGUGCCACCGCGUCUUGAGCUGCUUCGGCCGACCGCUGUGGAGCAGGGUUCCCCGAGACCGCUUUCACCUAAGCAAGCCAGCCGCCCGGAUACCGCAGUUUAUUUCUCAUAGUUGGCACGGCUCGGCUUGGAACAAGGUCACGAUGCUCUUCGUGUUGAAGGUAGGCCUCCCUGCUGUUUUGGUCGGAAGCCUCUUCGCCCUCGUCAUGGUGAGCUGCAGCAUCUUUGAUCUCUUGCCGGGCUACGCCCGGCAACCGCUGAUUGAACCGGACAGGACCUACACCUUCGGCCCCUGGGGCAUCUGCGCUGGCAUUUUGACGGCGUCCGUCGUCCUUCUCGUCUGCGAGCCUCGCGGCAAGGUCUUCGUGGACAAGAUCUGCAUCCACCAGACCGACCCUCGGUUGAAGUUCGAGGGCGUCCUGAACAUCUGCGCCUUCCUGAAGAACUCCGACUCCAUGCUCGUCUUGUGGGAUGCAACCUACGUUGAGAGGCUUUGGUGCGUCUUCGAACUGGCCGCCUACAUGAAAAGUCGAGAAGAUCGCGGUCAGAUGAAGCUGUCCAUCAGGCCGACCAUCCUGGGCCCGAGUUCCAUCGCCUCCUGUUUGGGCCUCUUUGCCAUGCAGCUGUCCCAGACUGCUGUUCCGUGGGCGAACCGCUUGCACGGCUUCUUCAUAUGGUCAUCUAUUUGCUGGGUCGGCUUGUUUUCUGCUGUGUACGUCUGGCGGAGCUACUACAGACAGAUCGACAACAUGAAGGUGCAGCUUCAGCAUUUCAGCAUCCGCAACACCAAAGCCAACUGUUGUGAGAGGGGCCACGUGGGCCGAAACGGCCGUAGCAUCCAUUGCGACAAAGACACCAUCGCUGAGUGCAUUCGGCACUGGUUCGGCUCCGUGGAAGAGUUUGAGAAGAAUGUCCGAUCUCACGUGGCGGUGGCCCUGACGCAAGGCUUGGGCAACCUGGUCUUUCCCUACCACUACUUACUCGCCGCAGGUGCGCCAUCCUUGUGGGGUCAGGCAGACUUCAUAGCCUCACGGCUGAGGGAGCAGGAGUUCUACUACGCCGGCGUUACCGCCAUCUUUGGCCUGGCCUACUGGCUCGCGGCCAUACCGUUUAUCUUUGCCUGUGGCGGUCUUCUCAAUUACAAGCUCCGGCACAGGUACCACCCAUGCGUGGAUGCAGUGAUGCCCUUCUUCGUGACGGCCUUCCUUGUCCUGGUGCCUGGGGGCGGCCUCUACUUCUUGCAGGCGGGCUUGCUGUCCGUGCUCGACGACAUGCUGGCCGCAGUCGUUUGGGCCGCGGUCACGGCUGGUUUGGCCAUGUUGGCUUGGAGGGCGUGCUGGCGGGAGCCGAUGCUGCGCCUAAGUGACGCUUGA